UCCCAAAAAUGAAGCUGGCGUUCGCAUCAAAUAUGAAUCAUUUGAAGAUCCUUCUGGCGCAAUACCGAAAUUCCAUUAUGGCACACAUUAUUCGAAUUCAGGUGGCGUCUUGCACUAUUUGCUGCGCGUCGAACCAUUUACCUCGCUACACAUUGAACUACAAAGCGGUCGCUUCGAUGUGGCAGAUCGGCAAUUUCAUUCGAUACCACAAACAUGGAAAUUGUUAAUGGAUAAUCCGAAUGAUGUGAAGGAGCUGAUACCGGAAUUCUUUUAUUUUCCUGAAUUUCUAAAAAAUAUGAAUAAAUUCGAUUUGGGUCACUUACAAAUAACAAAAGAGAAAGUAGACGAUGUCAUACUGCCGCCUUGGGCUACCACACCCGAAGAAUUUAUUGCCAUCCACCGGCGUGCUUUAGAAUCGGAAUAUGUUAGUCAAAAUCUGCAUCAUUGGAUCGACUUGAUUUUUGGCUACAAGCAAAAGGGGCCUAAAGCUGUCGAAGCGCUCAACGUUUUCUACUAUUGCUCCUAUGAAGGUGCCGUAGAUCUGGAUAAAAUAACCAACCCGGUCGAGCGUGAGGCAGUUGAGGGUAUGAUCAACAACUUCGGUCAAGUGCCAUCGCAAUUAUUGCGUGAACCACAUCCGCGUCGUUUGACACAGGAGGAGACUGCGUUGAAAUUAGUGCGCGCCGAAUUGAAGCGACCAGAUUUGACGCAAUUUCUCGAUAAGGUUGUGCAAUACUAUUGUGAGCUAUCAACACCAAAAGAUCCAAUUGUCUUCCUAAGCGCACCGCGUAGUCCGCCACGUUCAUUUCUACAGCUCAGCCCUGAUGUGCUCGUCAGCAUAUCCAAAUCUUGCAUACUUGGUGCGAAUUCAUGGAUGUCGUACGACAAAGAACGAGGAUUUUUAUUGGAAAUCGAUGCGACAACCACGAACUUGAAAAAUCGUAAACGCAUAUUCGGUCCCUUUCAUCCUUCCCAAAAUCCACACUCACAAUUAUUCGCUGUGAGCACAGAUGGUAAACUGCUAUACGCGGGUGGCAUUUGGGAUAAUUCGCUGCGUGUAUAUAAUUUGCACAAGGGCAAGGCGGUGGCAUCAGUGACGCGGCAUUUAGACAUUAUCACCUGCCUGGCGUUGGACAAUUGCGGCUCCUACUUAGUGACCGGUUCACGUGAUUGCACUUGCAUUGUUUGGAGCAUACAGAGUCAACAGUAUGGUAGCGCGCAGGCCAGCACAAACAUUCCAAUGCAUGCACUCACAGGUCAGGCGCAUUUGCAGGCGGUCACACAAUUGAAUACGCAAAAUGUAUUCUCACCCAAACCAUUGACCACUCUGUAUGGUCAUGACGAUGCAAUUUCAAGUGUUGCCAUUUACACUGAAUUAGAUAUGGUGGUUUCGGGAUCGCUGGACGGCACUGUUAAUGUGUACACCAUUCAGAAUGGCCAAUUUGUGCGUACACUAAAGCCAAUUGGUUGUACAGAGACUUGUGUGCAGAUAUCGUUUGUCACCGUUUCAUAUCAUGCCCAGUGCUUAGCGGUGCAUACUACCACUCCGUAGAACUUGGGUUGAUGCCUGAUUCGAGUAACAU